CUCCGCCCUCGCACCUGCGGGCUCGGAUUCGGAGAAACGUGCUAGACUGGAGCUACACGUAUGCGUGGCGGUCUGAAAAAUGCCCCAGGCUCGGGUCUGAGGGGCCCAAGUCUAUGCACCGCUGGUGUGACCCCGCAGGGCAACCCCGCGGUUAACUUCUCUCCUGCCCACCCCUAGAGGUGUCUUCCUGGGAAGACGAUGGCAGGCGGUGCCCACCGAGCCGACCGUGCAACAGGGGAAGAGAGGAAGGAGGGAGGUGGGAGGUGGCGCGCUCCCCACAGCCCUUCCCCUCCUGGCCCUCGAGGGUGUCCGGUCCCACUCAAGGCAGCUGCGCAGAGCCUGUGCAGAAAACCCACCUGGGGCCGGUAUUGCACUCUGCUUCUCUUUCAGAGAAAGCUGGAAAUUUACUCCGUGGAGCACCAUGCAGCUACAGAUAUCAAGAAGAAGGAGGGGCGAGAUGGCAAGAAAGACAAUGACUUGGAACUCAAAAGGAAUCAGCAGAAAGAGGAGCUUAAGAAAGAACUUGAUCUGGAUGACCACAAACUCAGCAAUAAGGAGCUGGAAACGAAAUAUGGCACAGACAUCAUUCGGGGUCUCUCCAGCACCAGAGCUGCUGAGCUCCUGGCACAGAACGGACCCAACGCCCUCACCCCUCCCAAACAGACCCCAGAGAUCAUCAAGUUCCUCAAGCAGAUGGUGGGCGGCUUUUCCAUCCUUCUGUGGGUAGGAGCUGUCCUGUGUUGGAUCGCAUUUGGGAUUCAGUAUGUCAGCAAUCCAUCUGCCUCCCUGGACAGCGUGUACCUGGGCACUGUACUUGCCGUGGUUGUCAUUUUAACAGGAAUCUUUGCCUAUUACCAAGAGGCAAAAAGCACCAACAUCAUGGCCAGCUUCUGCAAGAUGAUCCCCCAGCAAGCUGUUGUCAUCCGUGACUCGGAGAAAAAGGUUAUCCCUGCAGAGCAGCUGGUGGUGGGGGACAUCGUGGAGAUUAAAGGAGGUGACCAGAUUCCUGCCGACAUCAGGCUGCUGUCUGCCCAGGGGUGUAAGGUGGAUAACUCAUCUCUUACUGGAGAGUCUGAGCCCCAGUCCCGCUCAAGUGAGUUCACCCACGAAAACCCCCUGGAAACAAAGAACAUCACUUUCUACUCCACGACCUGCCUGGAAGGCACGGCAACUGGCAUGGUCAUCAACACGGGUGACCGGACCAUCAUUGGCCGCAUUGCCUCCUUGGCUUCAGGCGUCGGGAAUGAGAAGACGCCCAUUGCCAUUGAGAUCGAACAUUUUGUGCACAUUGUGGCAGGAGUGGCCGUCUCCGUCGGCAUCCUGUUCUUCAUCAUCGCAGUGUGCAUGAAGUACCACGUCCUGGACGCCAUCAUCUUCCUCAUUGCCAUCAUUGUGGCCAACGUGCCUGAAGGCCUCCUGGCCACUGUCACUGUGGCCCUGUCGCUCACAGCCAAACGGAUGGCCAAGAAGAACUGCCUGGUGAAGAACUUGGAGGCAGUGGAGACCCUCGGCUCCACCUCCAUCAUCUGCUCUGACAAGACUGGGACUCUGACGCAGAACAGGAUGACCGUGGCCCAUCUGUGGUUUGACAAUCAGAUCUUCGUGGCCGACACGAGUGAAGACAAUUUAAACCAAGGCUUUGACCAAAGCUCUGGAACCUGGACCUCCUUGUCCAAGAUAAUAGCAUUGUGUAACCGAGCUGAGUUCAAGCCAGGAGAGGAGAGUGUCCCCAUCAUGAAGAGAGUCGUGGUUGGAGAUGCUUCAGAAACUGCUCUUCUGAAAUUCUCAGAAGUCAUUUUGGGUGACGUGAUGGAAAUUAGAAAAAGAAACCACAAAGUAGUCGAAAUCCCUUUUAACUCAACCAACAAAUUUCAGCUCUCCAUACACCAGACGGAAGAUCCCAAUGACAAGCGCUUCCUGCUGGUGAUGAAGGGGGCCCCCGAGAGGAUCCUAGAGAAGUGCAGCACCAUCAUGAUCAACGGCAAGGAGCAGCCACUGGACAAGAGCAUGGCCCAGGCCUUCCACACGGCCUACAUGGAGCUGGGCGGCCUGGGCGAGCGCGUGCUGGGUUUCUGCCAUUUCUACCUGCCAGCAGAUGAGUUUCCAGAGACCUACUCAUUUGACUCAGAAUCCAUGAACUUCCCCACCUCCAACUUAUGUUUUGUGGGGCUCUUAUCAAUGAUUGAUCCUCCUCGAUCCACUGUCCCAGAUGCAGUCACCAAAUGCCGGAGUGCAGGAAUCAAGGUUAUCAUGGUUACAGGUGAUCAUCCCAUCACAGCCAAAGCCAUUGCCAAGAGUGUAGGGAUCAUUUCAGCCAACAGUGAGACAGUGGAAGACAUUGCAAAACGCUGCAACAUCGCCGUGGAGCAGGUUAACAAACGGGAUGCCAAGGCCGCCGUGGUGACCGGCAUGGAGCUGAAGGACAUGAGCCCAGAACAGCUGGAUGAGCUCUUAGCCAACUACCCGGAAAUCGUGUUUGCACGGACGUCCCCCCAGCAAAAGCUGAUCAUCGUGGAGGGCUGUCAGAGGCAGGACGCAGUUGUGGCCGUGACGGGGGACGGAGUGAAUGACUCCCCCGCUCUAAAGAAGGCCGACAUUGGCGUUGCCAUGGGGAUAACGGGUUCUGACGCGGCCAAGAACGCAGCCGACAUGAUCCUGCUGGAUGACAACUUCUCCUCUAUCGUCACAGGGGUGGAGGAAGGCCGCUUGAUAUUUGACAACCUAAAGAAGACCAUCGCUUACACCCUGACCAAGAACAUUGCCGAGCUCUGCCCCUUUUUGAUUUACAUCAUUCUCGGGCUGCCCCUGCCCAUUGGCACCAUCACCCUCCUGUUCAUCGACUUGGGCACAGACAUAAUCCCCUCCAUUGCCUUGGCGUAUGAGAAAGCAGAAAGUGACAUUAUGAACAGGAAGCCUCGGCACAAGAAAAAGGACAGACUGGUGAACCAGCAGCUUGCUGUAUACUCGUACCUGCACAUUGGCCUCAUGCAAGCCCUGGGAGCUUUCCUGGUGUACUUCACUGUGUACGCACAGCAGGGCUUUCGGCCGACCUCACUGUUUCACCUGCGGAUAGCGUGGGACAGCGACCACCUGAACGACUUGGAAGACAACUAUGGACAGGAAUGGACGAGUUAUCAGAGGCAAUACCUGGAAUGGACAGGCUACACGGCUUUCUUUGUUGGCAUCAUGGUCCAGCAAAUAGCAGAUCUGAUCAUCAGGAAGACCCGCAAGAACUCCAUCUUCAAGCAGGGGCUCUUCAGAAAUAAAGUCAUCUGGGUGGGGAUCGCCUCCCAGAUCAUCGUCGCCCUGCUCCUCUCUUACGGGCUCGGCAGUAUCACAGCCCUAAAUUUCACCAUGCUCAAGGCUCAGUACUGGUUUGUGGCCGUACCCCACGCCAUCCUGAUCUGGGUAUACGAUGAAAUGCGGAAACUCUUCAUCAGGCUCUACCCCGGAAGCUGGUGGGAUAAGAACAUGUAUUACUGAGAGCAGGUCUGUCUCCGAGUCUCCCAGCGGCACCUGCCUGGUGGUCUUCGGCAAGACCUCUGUGUAGUGUGGAUGUUGCCAAGCUCCACUCGGGAGGAGACUCUCAUCUAGAACACAGUGGUGAAGCUUCUUACUGAUCUGUUGUACUUCAAAGCUGAGGUUCAGCUGCUUGUAUACGAUUUUCAUCUCUAUCUCCAUCUCCUUACCUUAAAAGAUGUGGAUGUCAAGGUCAUGGUGUAGGGAAGGAUGUGUUUAUCUGUAUAUGAAGCUCAUUGAUGUCACACAGACUUGUGUAACCCAGGUGGCUGCUGGAGUCUGCCAUAAGUUGAGCUAGAAUUGCUCAGAUCUCCUUCCACACCCUGUCAAAGGCCUGGUGAGCUCCGUAGGAUUUCUGUGAAUCCCCCUGAAACAUAACUUUUGGGGUUUGCUUUGCUCAGCUGAGGGUGUGAGUUGAAGUGUGGCAGCAGGAACACCUCAGAACAGCAAAGACAGCCCCCGUUUUGACUCCCAGACACUUUGUUGCUGUGAUGGGUUCCUGGCCAUGCGGCCCCAGUCCGCCUCUCACAGCACUCCACCACCUGUUCCUGCAAAGCUGACCUCCAAGUCCAUUCCACAAACCUUAACUCAAACAUUCGUGGACCCAAAGGGGCUGUCACUGACUGGGACUCGGCCUCUCCGGAAAGCCACUGUGGUUUAGAUAGCACUAUUUAUUUCUUGUAGAUAGGCUGCCAAGCACUCUCCAGCAGCCAUUUUAUGUCAAUCACGUUUUUGUAACUUAGAUAUAUUUGUGUGGGACAUGAAACACAUACAUCCAUGUUGACAGGUUUUUUUUUAAAGUAAAAGAUGUUUUUAAGUAAAAUGUUUUAUGAAACAAAAUCUAAUUGUGAUGUUUUACUUAAUUCAAGUUUUUCCAGAAGGCAGGCACGGAAAAUACCAA